AUGCAGAACUCCUUACGGCAGCAGCCACACCAUAAGCCAAUUCAAGGCUUGCUUGUGACAUGUUUCAGAGAUAUAAACUUACUACUUUGUGCGGGUAAAUCGUCGUCUUUCCGUUCUUACGGGCGGUUAAACGUCUUCCGGAUAUGUAAACAAAGAGCAUCUGCUCGGAAAGUUGAGCACGAAACAGGCAUAGCCAGUGCCAGAUUGCUCAUGGAGGCUGGGUCGGAUAGUGCUGAGAGCCUUGAACGUAUUUCCACUGAUCGAGAGGAUCCAGAGAAAGAUGCGAUCAGAGAAAAUGCUAGAGAAUCCGGAAUACCAAGAUUAUCUCAGAUACCAGAGAAUCAAGGUAUACUUAAGUCUACGCAAUCAGGUGAAAUAGCACAUAUGGAUUCUCAGCCACCCAGCAACUUGCAGCUGCCCACCAAUAUACGAGGCAAGGCAGAAAUGGCCGAGGGUAAUAACACGACGUCAAGAAUCAGCACUCUAAUUUCUCAAAACACCACGAAAACCAGCAGGAGGGUAUCAUUCGCCCCUGAUGUUACACUUCAUAGUUUCGAGUCUGUGCCAGAGAGAAAAUCUGUGUUCCGCGAACCAAGACGAAGGAUUAGCGAGCCAAUGGUUACGUCCACACAAAACGAUGAUAUUAAGGAAUCGAUAGACCCAGAUGGUUCCCUCAUGGAGCUUACGGAGCCUGUACGAGUGGGUUAUACAAAAAACGAUAGGAUAGAGGUCGAAAACUACACUCCUGUAUUUUCUCAAGAGGAUUCGAUGGAUAUCACACAGUUGUUCAGUAAACAUUCGAAAAGCGUCGAAGGGGAAAAGACGAUGGAUUUCACUGCUAUUCAUAGUCAAUCGAAUGGGUCAAAUGUAAAUAAUGACACUAUCGAAUUUUUGAAACGUGAUUCAAAUAAUGAUCAGCAACACCAUAGUGACAUGAGCUUCACAACAGUCAAUGUACAUCAAACACCAAAAAAAGGCAACGCCUCACCUGUGGAACACUGGAAAAGGCAAAAACUGAACGAAGACAAUGAGUUUUCAAUCCGCAAAGUCGCUGAUACGGAAGAAGGAGUAGGCUUGGUUAAUUCCGAUAACACUGAAAACCAGGAUGAAGGCGAAGAUAUGGAAUUGACUUUGAAUGAAAGGAUGUCACCAAUCAAAUUGAAAACAGUUGAUUCUGGUAUUAUUAUCCCCUCAAAACCAAAAACGCAGGUUUCUUAUUCACUUGAUGAGUUUUUGGACCAGACUGGCGUCACAUUCAUAAUUGACACUAACCUAAUUGAACAGCGCAGCACAUCAAUCACUUUUGACAUGACCGCUUUAGAGAAGAUAAAAAAAUUCAGAAUAAAUCACGUCUACUCUACACUAUAUGUGCAAGUUCCAAUAUUGGAAAUGAAUGCGUUCAUUUGUAAAGAGCUAUUAAGAAGAAUAUCUCAGUCAAAGACACAAUUUGAAGAUUUGAAUAAGCAAAUAAGUUCUUCAGUACCACCUCCUCUUUUGUUCAAUGAAUACUUUAACUCCUCUAAAGAAGUGAAGCCGCUAAUGGAUCAGCAAAUUCAUCUUGUGAAAAGCUAUUCAAAAUGUCAAGCUAAAAAACUAUGGUAUGAAUGGAGAAUCCAGCAUUUAAGUGGCAUCAAAACAGUUUUGCUUGAAAAUCUGCAAACAUUAGAGGAGUCUUGUGACAAGUUAAAUGAAAAAUUACUUCAAAUUCAAGACAUCAAAUUUCGAGCUGAACAGCUACGCGAUUCUAUCAGAAGAGAGAUUAAGCUCUUAAAAGAAUUGCCUCCCGACAUCUAUAAAAUGAAAGCAAAUUUGACGGACAAGGUAAAGGUAGAAAGCUUGCGACAAGAAUUGAAAUCCAGCAUGGUGGCUAUAGGUGAUUCAAACAGCUUGGUAAAUAAAAUCCAUAGUAUCGAAGAGAGAAUCUCCGAAGUAAAGGUGAAGUUAGUGAAAAUAAAGAAAGAAAUGAAAGAAAUGCACCAGAAUAUAUCACACAAAUCUCAGCAUCCAGUUUAUUCCCAGUACCAUGUUAGCAAGCUGCGAAGUAUCUUGGAAGUCUUGGGAAUUAUGUCCGGUGUCCAGUUUGUAAAGCUGCACAAGUCAGAUUUAACCAUCAAAUUCGAUGCAUUGAAACCACCCAUAGAGGUAACGGUUCGGCUUGGUGCAACAGAAGCUAACCUCAAUUCAUUACUAACAAUAGAGGGGUAUUACAAGACUGAUGGGGUUUUCAAGUACCUGUUUAACUUUCUCAUUGAUUCUUCAAAAUAUGUGGAUUCCAAGGACUCCUUAGUGGUGAUUAUCAAUUGCAUUCGUGAAUCUAUCCCAGUCAUAAAACAAUAUACGCUUCUGAAGAUGUUAUUUCCAGUUCAGCUAGUUGAGAAAGACGACAGCAGGUAUGUCUCUUUGCAAAUUGAAGAUUGCGACAUCAAAUCGAAUAAUAUAGUUCAAUAUGAGUUAUUAUUGCAGGAUCUAAUCACCGCUGUUGUUGACAUACGGUCAAAGGUCUUCCUUAAAGCCUACGUUAGGCGCACGCAAAAGACUUCUUUUUCCAACCUUUCUGCAAGGUUUCUCAGAAAGGCAUCCAAAGUACUCCCUUGGAUCAGUCAGGAUCGCUGCGAAGUUGUAUUUAGUGAAACAUAG